AUGUUUCACGCCAGUCGCCGCAUAUCUCUGCUGCCAACACCGUCUCUCUCGUCCUUGAGGCUGCGCCCUUAUCUGCCAGGCCGACUGUUGACGAACGCAGCUGCAACGCCCAUCAUGACCAACACCGAGCAGCAGAAUGAACCGCCCCUGUCGGCUAAAGACUUCAAGAUAUAUAACCGAGCGGCAGAGCAAAUGGAGUACUACCAUGGACUCCUCCGUCUAUCAUGGAACAUGCUCUGGGAGGCGUCGACUAGCGGCCGACUACCUCCGUAUAUGAAGAUGCGGCAAUUCAUAUCCGAAGGACUGCGCUUUGCUCAACAUCUGGAGAUUCAUCAUAGUAUUGAAGAGAACCAUGUCUUUCCUCAUCUGGCGAAGAAGAUGCCCGAAUUUCGCACGGGCCGGGGUCGCCAAGCUGCUGAACUCUUGCGGCAGCAUCGACAGAUCCAUAAGGGGCUGGAAGAGUUCCAAAAGUAUCUAGAGGAGUGUCAGGAGGGAAAGCAAGAGUUGGAAUUCGAUGUUUUACGGAGCAAGAUGGAUGGGUGGAGGGAGGUUCUAUGGACGCAUUUGGACCAGGAGGUGAAGACCUUGGGAGCAGAGAAUAUGAGACGGUACUGGACGAAGGAGGAAAUGCCGAGGAUACCCAUGUAA